AUGAUUAGCAAUACGAAGGUUGUAACACGCUUACUGCCGCACUUGUUCCAAACGCAUCGAUUAGCUGUACGCCUUCGGCAUUACUUCAGAAACAUGCUCUGUCCGGAUCUGAAUCCACCGGCCACGGUACGGGGCAUGAAGCAGCUUGACCGUGCCGCAUUUUCCAAAACCAUCAAAGUGCCUCAUCUUCUAGUGCCGAGGGAUAAAAACUUGAACGAUGUCUGCCGGUCAAUAAAGAAGUAUCUGCUGAAAAUGGAACGCUAUAAACCGGUGAUAACAGAGGAGUACAAAAUCACCCUUCAUCCGCUGGCCGUUCAGAAAUGGGAAGAUUUGGCGGAUGUGAAUCUGGACAAGCUAGGCAUCGGCAGCGAAACACUAGUUUGGCAGGAAAUCCAACUAUCGUACGAAAACUGGAAGUACGAUGAAAUAUUCAAAGCCGUCCUGCCGGCCGAUAAGGAAGCACUUUCAUCGUUUAGCAAAAUCGGUCAUAUAAUCCAUCUUAACUUAAAGGACCACCUGCUGCCAUACAAGCAACUGAUUGGAGAGGUCAUUUGUGACAAAAUAGCCGAUUGCCGGACGGUGGUGAACAAAUCGAUUUCGAUCGAUAACACCUACCGAAAUUUUCAGAUGGAGCUGCUCUGUGGUGAACCCAACUAUCAGGUAUCGGUGAAGGAGAAUGGAUGCAUGUUUCAGUUUGACUUUUCUAAAGUGUAUUGGAAUCCACGACUUUCGACCGAGCAUGAAAAAAUCGUUAAAAUGCUCAACAAACACGACGUACUUUAUGAUCUGUACGCUGGCGUUGGUCCAUUCACUGUACCGGCAGCACGCAAAGGAUGUAAGGUGCUGGCAAACGACCUAAACCCAGACUCUUACCAAGCAUUGGUGGCCAACUGUACACUUAACAAAGUGGCGAAAAACGUCACCUGCCACAACAAGGAUGCGGUCGAUUUUAUCAAGCAAGAAGUGAAAGAUGCUUUACUUGCCAAAUGUGCUGAAAACGAGUUUGAAGGUGAAAUCCACAUUACCAUGAAUUUACCCGCUAUGGCGGUGGAACAUUUGGUGCACUUUCCGGGUUUACUAAAAGGCGCGGAUAUUGUCCUGCACAAAAAGCCACUGGUGCAUGUGUACUGUUUUGCGAAAGGGGUUGAGGAUAAGAAGCAGAUUGCGCAAGAAUUAGUGGAACAAUGGCUCGGAAUGGAAGUAGGCAAUAAGAUGAAAGAAAUUGCAUUUGUACGCAAUGUUGCACCCAACAAGGAUAUGAUGCGUGUUAGUUUCUAUCUAACGGAAGACUUACUGCUUGGUCGUACAACUAGCAAAAAACGUCAACUGGAUGAAGCGAAAAACCUCUCGGAAGAAGCCAAACGGCCAUCGAACAAGAUGAAAGAUCAGCGAAAGCAGCUGGCGAAAAAGGCCAAAACCGUCUUUACAGUAUCGCAAGCCAAAAAGAAAAACAUGAAAAAGACGAAGGAAAUUUCCAGUAACUUAAAACAGAUUAAGGUGCAGGAUAAACGCGAGAAAGUGGACCAAAAGUUUCAGGAUCUACACGCACAAAUAGUUUCGAAAAAGCCACCGAAACCGGCCCCAAAACCAUUGCCAACAAAGAACAAAAGUAAAACCGACACGAAAAAGAUUGAAGCCGAUCUAAACGAAAUGCAGAUGUAAAAA